UUAAGUUUGCUCAAUUUACUAAAAAUACCAUGCCAUCCAAAAAGAAGGGCGCGCAGCGCAGCGGCGCCGGUGCGGAGGGCGCGCGUGAUGACGCGCACAGCAACGAGCAGCCCGACUCAGAGACCGCCGCGGCGGCCACCGGACUGGACGAGCCCGCUUCCGAGGCCAGCGGCUACCGUAGCGAUGUGAGCAGCGACGACGACGAUGACGUCGGCGCCGAGGGCGGCGGCGGUGACGGCACCAGCGGCAGCGGCACUAGCGGCGCCGAAGCAAUGGGUCCUGAUCUGGGCAGCGAUGUGGAGCUGGACCCGGGAGAGGUGGCGGCCGCCAUACGGCGGCGGCGGCAGGUGGAGCAGGAGGAGCAGGAGCAGCGGGGCGGUGCAGCGGGCGGAGGGGAGGGCAGGGAGGGCGGAGGAGGAGGCGGAGGAGGCGGCGCGGGUCCGCUGCCGGAGGGAGAGCUUGAGGAGGGCCACAUCUACUUCUUCUACAGACCCAAGGUGCAGCAGCAGCACCCCGCCAGCCUGAACGACACCGCCCGCUUCUACAUGAUCCUGCAGCCCACAGCCAGGAGCGAGCAGCAGCAGCAGCAGCAGCAGCAGCACCAGCACCAGCAGCAGCCAGAAGGCAAGGAAGAGGGCGAACCAGCCGGAGGCGGGGGCGCGGGCGCGGCCGUGGGCGCUGGCACGGCUGCAGCUGCAGCACCCAUGCCCGGGGAGGGCGACGCGGGUGGGGGCGGCGCGGAGCCGCCCGCACACCUGGCCUCCUCGGACACCGCAGCCGAGGCAAGGGAGGGGGACCGGCCGCCGGAAGACAAAAACGGUGGCGGUAGUGCCGGCGGCAAGGGCGGCGGGGCGGCAGCGCAGCAGCAGCAGCCGGGGCCGCUGCCGUGCCGGCUGCUGGUGGUGGGCAAGAAGCGGAUGCCGGACGCGGCGCGGCACGAGCGCUUCUUCGGAUUUGUGGAGGCCGUGGCCAGCAGUGUGCCGGAGCUGACGUCGGGGCUGGGCGAGCGGCGCUACAACACCAAGACACGCGGCGAGCGCACGCAGCCGGCGGCGCGCGCGGCGGGCCGCGGCAUGUACGCCCUCUUCAGCCGCAGCCACGGCGCCCGCUCCGCCCCGCACGCCGAGCUGGCGUAUGUGCUGCAGCUGCCCGCGGGCGGUCCGGGCCCGGUGCAGCAGGAGCUGCGCAUCGCGGAGGAGGCCAGAUACGUGCUCAAGAUAAAGAACCCCACCGGUGUCCAGCCGCCCGGCCGCCCAUCGGCCGGCCCCGAGCCCGCCUACAGCCGCCAGCAAAUGGACCGAUUCGAGGCCGCCGGCACGUCGUGGCUGGACGCUGCGGAGGACCUGUCACUGCUGGACGUGGCGGGGACAGAGUUCGUGCUCAUAGGCGCGCGGGAGCAGCCGCUGGGCCAUGUGGACGAGGCGCCGGCUGCUCACCUGCUGCAGGCCGCACAGCAGGAGCAGCAGCAACUGCUACAGCAGCAGGCAGAGGCAGGACAGCAGCCGGAGGGGCAGGAAUCUGCUGGCGCGGACCCUCAGGCUGGUGGCGGCGCCGCUGGCGCCGGCGCCGGGGGUGGCGGUGGCCGUGGCGGUGGUGGCAGAGGCGUCGGCGGCAAACGGUCGCGCGGCGGAAGUGUUGGAGGUGGCGGCGGUGGUGGCGGGGAUGUGGCUGUGUCAGCGGCGGCGGAGGUUGCCGGCGGCGGCGGAGGAGGAGAGGCCUCGGAGCGGACAGGCAUGCCGGCUGGUACGUCGCCUGCAGGCGGCGGCCACAAACACCGGGGCGCUCAGGCACAGCCGUCAAAGCGCGCAAAGGUCAAGGGCGCUACUGCCGCCACAGAUGUGGCUGGUGCCAGUGGCGGCGGCGGCGACGGUAGCAGUGGCGGUACAGUACCAGAGUCGCAGGUGGAGCGGAAGCAGCAGCAGGCGAUGGCUGCCAAGCUGGAGAUGGAGAUUGGCGCGGUGGCAGAGGGCAGCGAAGGCGCAGGCACGCCGCCGGGGGCGAUGCAUGCGGAUUGGGCGGCGGAGGGGCAGCAGCGUCACACAAUUGUUACGGCGCCAGCCGAGACGGGGCAGUGGGCUUAAGAACUGCGGAUGAUGGGGGGGAUUGCUGUUGGUGUUUGGUGAGGCUGCCGCCUGCUCCUGUUACGCCGAGGGGGCCAUGCGGGCAAAUGAGAUGAGCGGCGCAGCUGUGCCUGUGCUGUGGCUGGUGCAGCUAAUUUGCGGGUUGGCGCGCGGUAACAGGCUGUUGGUAUGAUGUUGCAGGCGUUUGUUGCGGGAGGCGGAUAGGCGGGAUGUACAGUGCCGAGAGCGGCUCCGCCAAACUGCGAAUGUGCGCGGACAUGUCGUGUAACAGCUCGUUGUC